AUGAUUAAUGGCUCAUUCUGUGACCGUGAUAACGCUCAACCCUAUGCCCCCGAUCUCUCGGACCAGGCUUCGCAAUACGCCCCCACUCCAGGAUACUAUAACGAGACACUACACUCGCAUUUUAAGUUCAGCCCUUCCCCGGAUCGCUACCCCAGGGCAGUCCCAUUGCCUCAAUCUGGGCCCCGCAAGAAGCCCCAAGACUUCUUGAAGUCGGUGGGAGGACACGAUAAAGAAUGUGACCCUGACACCAAGUGCCUAUUGGCCUUCGGUCCUGAGGCCUAA